AUGGCUCCUCAUCGACGCAACAUCGGCGCCAUCCGGCGAAGGAGAAGGGACGACGAAGGCGAAGAGGAAGGCUCCGUUGAUGGUGGAAUAGAUGAUGACUCGCUGAGUGAAGGCUCGGACGUGAGUCACCAGGAUGAUGAUGCCGACGCUGAGGCUAGUGACGGGAGCGAUGACGAGGCAUCUACGGCUACUCCGCAGGGAGAUCAAGUCAACGAUAUCCAAGUCAACGGUUCAGGCACAAAAUCGGGCCAGCGCUCAGGUCGUCGAAAUGCUACAUCUCCGGGGAAGCAAGGGAAUUACCCGACGGUAUCGGACACAGAGGCGAUGUUGAACGGGCUACAGCUUUCCGGAGACUCUAGCCAGGUUGCGGAGGUCCAUUUCGAUCAUAUGAAAGAGCAGCCAGGUCAGCAGGAGGGUGGGACAUCAUCCGGGCCACCAACUGAGCCCAAGCGGGAGACAUUUGCAGAGAAGAAGCGUCGUGAGAACGAGCGAUAUGUCAAAGAACGUGACAAGAACCCGGCCUUUGUGCCUACGCGGGGUAGCUUCUUCCUUCACGAUAAGCGGUCCACGGAGCCGGGGACGAACGGCAGCAGGCCGCCCAACAAGUCCAAGUCGAGGCCGUACGGUCUCAUUGUAGACGGUAACGUACAAAAAAGCCAAACCAAAUCAGACGCCAGUGAAGGGCCUUGGACACAUGAUCUUCACGAUAUAGUUGCGGGAGACGAUCCACCUGCCUCCAAUCUUGCCUCCACUACACCAAACACAACCUCUAGUCCUGCCAACUACCCCGUUCCUACUGCUCCUCGAUCCUUGCCUCCGAACAGGUCGUUCUCUAGUACUGUCCUAAUUGGAAAUGUGCCUGUUGUGGUGUUCCUCCCUGGGAUGACCCGACCAACCCAAGCUCAUCCCGUUCCAAAGAAGCAACAUACACGUCUGCCUCAACAUCGCCCACCGCUCAGGCGAGACAAGCCUGUCCGGAUUUCUCUUCCUGGUCAAAAUCCCCGAUAUAUCUUCCCAUCGACUGAAAGGUCUUUCAUCUUCAUCCCACGAGCGUUGCGGCCCAACCAACAAGCUUUCCGCGGUAGAGGUCGGGGUGGUUUCUUUGGUGGACGCCGUUCAAGUAUCUACGCCAACUCAGCCUACAGCCCGAGUGUUGCUCUGAGCCGGAGGUCUUCAUUGGGAAGGGCACCCGAGGGAUACCACUCGCCAGCCGCCUCGGUACUAUCGAGAGCGACUAUGAUCACUACAGAUAACGGCAAGCCUGUUGUCCGUCUACCACCACCCCGCCCCCCAGGAGGCUUUCCGCCCGCUACCUCUGGCCCCGGCGCCAUUCCCCCCACUGUUCCGCUUUCUAUGCCUCCACAGCCUCAGCAUCACAUUUACCGCGAGAGUCAUUCGGACCCUAUUCCCAUGCACCAACCUCGACCUCAAAAGACUGUCUCUGUAGCUGACAUUGAAACUCCCGAGACCUAUACCUUCAAUCCUCCACAACCGCAGCAGGAACAGCCGUUCCACCAUCAGGUUCCAAUGCCUGUCAACGGUGUUGCGUAUCCGCCCGAUGCUCCUCCACCCACCCACACACCUUUCUCGCAUAUUCCCGAACGGGCCAUCCAUGCCCAACCGUUCCAGCCAUACGACUACUCCCAACCGCAACCAUUCUACCCUCCAGGUUAUGGCCCGCAAGGCGUAUACUAUCCCGUCCCAGGGGCCGAAUACCCACCGUAUAGUACUGCUAUGGGACCUGGAGCGCCUGCCGCACCAUACCCGCCGCCUGGUCAACAGGUGCCGUAUAUGAUGUCCGCGCCACUCUCAUCGACGACCGAGCAGCCGACGUCGCAAACACAAACCGUCGCCCACGAAGCUGAUGGCAUGGUAUACUAUUACGAUGCAUCACAGAUGUACCCCAACCAGAACCCGAAUCCUAACCCAUACGCUGUGUCUGCACCUCCUGGACCCGGAGGAGUCGUGGGAAUGGGUGGCAUGAUGACACCCCCGGGCACUGGAUAUUAUUACCCUCAACCGCCGUCCUCUGUUGGCCAUGAUACUUUAAUCACCGUCAAGGUGCACUACGAUGGCACUACCCGCCGUUUGAAGAUGCCGUUCAAGGACAUGAAGGCCGAGGUCUUUCCCCAGAAGCUCCUUCAACUCCUCAAUGUCCCGUCGGGCGCUGAUGUCAUUAUCGAGCGAUACUCCGAUAGCGCAGCAUCCUUUGUCCAGCUUGACAGUGAGAAUGCAGCCGUCUACAAGCAACUGAGUCGUGCCGCUAGAGCAAAGCUCAGGUUGGUCAUCGGUGUCACGACGAUUAACAACAAUCCCCUGCCGUCUCCCGUGUCACAGGAGAGUUCUGAUAGCUCUACGGAGCAGGAGAGCCCAGCAAGGAAUGACUACCUGGACACGGUCCUGAGUCAUCCAUUGCCGGAAGUUCCAAGCGAAGAGAGCCCCAAUGCUACUCCGACGGGCGACGAUACUGCUAAGAGCACUAGCAACCUGCCGGUGGAGUUGUCAACUACAGAUACUGUUGCUGCUCCGCAACCACGAUACCGGGAGUUUGAAAACAACAACGAUUCUCCAGCUGUUGCACAUCAAUCGUCCGCAGGAUCGUUUUGCAUCGAUUGCAACAACUGUGGUCAAACCGUUCCUAAUGAACACUACCACUGCAGCAUCUGCGACGACGGGGACUACGACUUGUGCUUGCAGUGUGUCGCCUCGGGCAUCUCUUGCCCAGCCGAAGAUCAUUGGUUGAUCAAGCGUUCUGUCAAGGGGGGAACCGUGACCAAUAGUAUCACUGAGAAGAUCGCUCCUCAGAACAGCAAGCCUAUGGAGGAAGUGAAACCCUUUGAGGUCGCUCCCGUGGUCGCUCCCGAGUCCAUUGCUGAGCGGUCGUCUUCGGUGACACUUCUGCCUGUCCCGGAUGCUUCCACCCCUGCAAUUGCACCUGUUGCUACACCCGCGCCCCCUCCGGUUCCUGCCUCUGUGCAAUGUGAUGAGCGCAUCUGCAAUGCUUGUCUCAAAGAAUACGAAGAGACCAAGAUGGUCACCUGCGUUGACUGCAAGGACUAUGACCUUUGCGUCAACUGUCUUCUUGAAAAUGCCCAUGGGCAUCACCCUGGACAUAGUUUCUCUCUUGUCCAGGACCGUCAGUUUACAUUGAGGAGCUCGGUAAUGUCUCGCUGUCGCCCUGGGCGUAACCAAUAUCAUGCAGCGGUAUGCGAUGGCUGCGAUAAGCAAAUCACGGGUGUACGCCACAAGUGCUUGGGCUGUCCCGACUGGGAUUACUGCUCGGAUUGCGCUCCGACUGCAUUUCUCACCCAUCCCGGCCAUCGAUUUGCUCCGAUCUAUGGCGCCCUCUCUGAGCCCCUUCUUUCUGUAGAAGUACACUCCGGCAUUUUCUGCGAUGGCCCUCUUUGCAAAAAGCAGGUUUCCACUUGCAUCGUUGGGCCUCGGUACAAGUGUACUGUGUGCCAUGACACAGACUUCUGCGCUAAAUGCGAGGCCCUACCAACCAAUACACACAACCACACUCAUCCCCUGAUCAAAUUCAAGACGCCUGUUCGCCAUGUGAGUGUUAGCACUGUUGAUGAAGACAUUCUGAACGGCCAGGGCAGCAUUCUCGGUGACCGUAUCGUUCAGAAGUCUGUCUCUACGCAAGCCAACGCCCCGUCCCAACAUGAGAUUAUCCCCACAGAGGAAUCCGAGGAGAAGGCAGAGUUGGGUGUUGUCAAAGAAGCUCCAGCUCCCGUAAGGGAACAGGUCACGACUCCUACAAUCGACGCCACUUCUGGCUACCAGGCCUUUUUUAUUAAUGAUGUUGUUGCCGAUGGCACGGUCAUGGCCCCCAACAAGACCUUCCGACAGACGUGGAAGCUCUACAACCCUGGUCCUCUUGCAUGGCCCGCGGGUACUGAUGUGCGUUUUGUUGGUGGAGACUCUAUGAUUAAUGUGGAUACGCUGCACCCCUCCAGCCUACGUUCAGUCGCGUCUGCCAUGGAGAGCAACAAGCUCACUGCUCCGCUGGAACCCAGGCAGACCGCUGACUUUACGAUGCUUCUCCGGAGCCCCAGCCGGGAAGGAUCUGCCAUGUCGUACUGGCGUCUGAAGCUGCCUAACGGUACGCCGUUUGGUCAUCGCCUGUGGUGUGACAUUCGGGUUCAAGCCGGCGCCUCUGAGCCAGAGUCGGAGCCGAAGCCUGAAGAAGCCUUGCUGGAUAAUGAGAAACAGUCCGAGGAGCCCACGGUCAAGGAGGAGUGCACGACUGAAGAAACUGAGCAGACAGAAUCUCGGAUGAUCUUCCCUACUUUGGACAAAGAGUCGCCCAGUAUCCACGAGGAGACGGCUGCUCCUCGUGCUGUGCCAUCAAUUGCCCCGUCAACUGCCCCGUCGGAGUCGAACCAGACCAAUGAACUGGACUAUCUCACCGUCACCGACACCAUGAGCAUGAAUGACGAUGACGAUGUUGAUGGCUUCCUGACAGAUGAGGAGUACGAUGUGUUGGAUGCCAGCGACCAGGAAUACCUUGAAGCCAAGCAGUCGAAGGAAUCCUACCGGGAAUAUCUAACGGGAAUUUGCAAUGGGUAA